GAAAACAUGAACACAGCAGACGUGCCUGACAAUCUUCAAUCAUGGGGCCAACAACCAUCAUCAAGUUACUCAAAUACCCAGCAACACUCACAAAUGACUAAUCUUCCGCCUAUCAAUCACAAUAAUCUUUGCGACACCGAACCGAUGAACGAGGACUUUCAACUUCAAGACGUGCAAGCUGACGAACUUCAGAAGCAGCAAAAACAGCAAGAGCAGCAACACAUUCAACAGCAAAAUGCACAACGUUUCAUUGCACAAAGCCGUCAACCACAUUCCAACAUUCUGAGAUUCCCACAGCCACCAAUCACUUCAAUUAAGACGAAUUCACACGCUUUCUAUCCACAGCAAGAGGUCACCCAAGUCCGGCCAAAGAAGCAUCGCGUAUCCAUGACUAAUGCAGAAGCGGCACUAACUCCCGGAAUGCCUCCGGAAAAACAAGCCGCAAAGAAGAGAAAUAUUGGCCAGUUCUCGACAGAUACUGUUCCGGCUGGAAUUGGAAUGAUUGGUAUCCCGUUUGAAUCUACCUCAAAGCCACUCCAAAUUCAACAAUUCCGAAAUCCUCAAGACGCGCCAGUCAGAAAACUAACCAGUGAUCUCAUCAAAACUUACAAGGCUAUCAAUGAGUCUUUCUACCUACGGAAACAGGUUCGACGUGAUCGUCACAAGAGUCAAGAUGCCGGAAAGCCAAAGGGAUCCAAGGAUGGUUCCGGGGCGAGCCUGACUGACACAUUCUCCAUUCACAAUGCGAUUCCAAUUACGAGUUCUGAUAAUCAUUAUCAGCAAGAUGCUCAUCAAAAUGCUCCUCCUCUACUUGACACUAAUGCUCCGCCCACCUCAACAAUGGUUGUUCCUAUGCGCACAGAGACUGAUCUUCAACAGCAGCAGCGACAGAAAAGUAGUCGUGGCGGUCCGUACAAUAACGGGUAUGACGAUCAGAAUUACGACUAUAUUCUUAAAAAUGGAGAGAUAUUUGACAAGAGAUACGUGAUUCUCAGUGACACGCCGGUUGGCAAAGGAUCUUUCGGGCAAGUUACAAAAGCUUACGACACGCUGAAUAAAGAAGAAGUCGCUAUUAAAAUUAUCAAGAAUAAGAAGACUUUCUUCGAUCAAGCUCAGAUUGAGAUUCAUCUUUUAGAAUUGACAAAUGCACAUGACAAGGAUAAUAAGUAUAAUAUUGUUACGCUCAAAGGGCACUUUGUGCAUCGGGCUCAUCUUUGCUUGGUAUUCGAGCUUCUCUCCUACAACCUCUAUGAUCUUUUGAAGAACACCAGUUUCCGUGGCGUUUCGUUGAAUUUGGCACGCAAAUUUGCCCAGCAAUUAGGAAAAACUCUUCUCUUCCUGUCAUCUCCAGAAUUAUCGAUUAUCCAUUGUGAUUUGAAGCCGGAAAAUGUGCUACUAGUUAACGCGAAGCGGUCUCAAAUUCGUGUGAUAGAUUUUGGAUCUUCUUGUCAGACUGGACACCGAAUCUACCAGUACAUUCAGUCGAGAUUCUAUCGUUCGCCGGAAGUGCUGCUCGGCAUCGCGUACGACACGAAAAUUGAUAUGUGGUCCCUGGGAUGCAUUCUCGUCGAAAUGCACACCGGAGAGCCGCUGUUUGCCGGGUCAUCGGAGGUUGACCAAAUGAUGAAAAUUGUGGAAGUUCUUGGUAUGCCACCAAAAGAGAUGUUAGACAUUGGCCCGAAAACACACAAGUAUUUUGACAAAACUGAGGAUGGGAUCUACUAUUGUAAGAAGACUCGUGACGGAUACCGCCAUACCUACAAAGCUCCUGGAGCCAGGAAACUUCACGAAAUUCUGGGUGUGACUUCUGGCGGGCCCGGAGGUCGCCGGCUUGGAGAGCCAGGACAUUCUGUUGAAGAUUACAGCAAAUUCAAAGACUUAAUAAAGAGAAUGUUGCAAUUUGACCCCAAACAAAGAAUUUCGCCCUAUUAUGUGGUUCGGCAUCCGUUCUUGAAGCAGAAGGAAGAGCGAGUUCCAUCUCAACCGCCGGUGUCUCACUCGAACCUUCAGCAACAACAGCAAUUGUACAUACAGCAGCCGUCAAGCCAAAUGAGUCAAGUGAUGGAAUCUCCGUCGGUUGGAUCAGUCUAUGUGGAAGAUAACGGGAUGUAUCGCCAGGCGCCUGGAUCUUCUGCCAACCCAAUUUCCGUCACAUCAUCGUUUGACGAAGGAGAUGCCAUGGAAGUUGAUGCUGGGAGAAGACGCUUCUCUGCUCAUCAGCAAAAUUACCACAAUCCAAACUAUCAGUACUCUCAACCACAACAGCAACAGCAGCAGCAGUAUCAGCAGACACAGCGAACGCAACUGGAGCAGCAGCAGAAACAGGCUCAACUCCAACAGCAGCUCCAGCAACAGCAAAUGCAGCAACAGCAGCAACAGCAACAACAACGCCAGCACAUGCCACAAGCGCAGAGCAGUUCCCAACAGCACCUCCAAUCACGGGCGCGGCCACGACAACAGGAUCAGAACGAGUGGAGGAAUCAGUUUGAGCUGGAUGACACGUUUCAGCAGAAGCAGCGAAAAGUUGAUGACUCUGUAUCGAAUCAGAUUUCUAGAAAUCAAUUCAAUCCACAACAGGUAUCGAUGACGCAUGGAAAUGUAAAUGCUAACAACCGAGAGAUGGAGAAACUCGAUUACCCGAACAACAAACUCUGAAGCACACAGAGUCUAAUAGCUAAUUUUUUUGGAAAUUCUGUCAAUUUGAUGUAAUGCUUGUUAUUUUUUUUUGUUUCUGUGAACAAUAUGGAGUUAAUAAACACUGGUUCAACUUU